AUGCGCUUCCCCAGAACUCUGCUCUUGCUUGCAGUAGCUCAGCCCUCAACCGCAUGGCUUGUCCAAUACUACGCUACAGAGGAAAUUAGAGAUGCCUGGGGAUGGGUGACCAAAAAAACCACCGUCUCGCCAGUGGUGACAACCGCUCCAUUGACAGUCUCGCCGACCUCCACCUCCACGGCGUACUCUACCCAUUAUCUUACCAGAGAUGACGGUGGUUACUACCGGAUCAAUGUCACUACGGAAUAUCUCGUUUUGCCAAAUAUUACCAACCUUCCCAUCUCGGGUUUCCUCGAGUGGGCCCCACCCGUUCAAACCGAGAGCCCAUCCGUGACGACACAUUAUUAUCUGCCCGUCACAUUAAGCAACCCUGCAUCAUGCACCAAGACCGAAUUCACAUAUACAGAUUCGGCUAGUGUCUCGCUUCCUAAAUUUUUGAAAGCACAGGCGACGGAAUCGAGCAUAGCCACAUUCGUAUCGACCUAUGUGUCAACCAUAAGCACGAACUUGGGCGGACAAGAAGUGACCACAUCAAGAUGCGACGUUUAUAUGAAUAACAAGAUCGUUCCUAUGAGCUCUAUGGAUCUCAUUGAUUAUGAACGGUAUCUUACUGAGUGUGUGGAUCCGCGACGAUCAAUGUGUACAAGUAGUUCAGGUGGAAAUACUGAAGCUACGGGAACUGGCGGCUGUUUUGGGGCGUAUCCGCCUACCGGAGCUGCCAAUGGAGCAUCUGCUACUACUUCAAAUGGAGUUUCUGGAGAUCCGACUCAAACUGGUGCCGCAACAACAUUGGGAAGCUCAAUAACUCUACUAAGCAUUCUUGCUUGCUUUUCGGCUUCUUUGAUGUGCUGGUACUAG